AUGAGCAACGCCGCCGACGUGCUGCGUCUCGACGACGCCCCCGUGACGUCGCGGCCCCUGACGUCGUCCGGUCGCAAGGCGGCGUCCAAAGCCAAGUCCGAUUUCCGGCGCUAUUUCGACCAAGAAGAGCUGCCGCUCACGAUCGAGAACAACGUCAUGGGCGACCGCCAAGUCGUAUGGACGACGCCGGUUGAAGCUUUGGACUACCAGCAUUUUCUUCCGAUUUGCUUCUCGGGGCUCCAAGAAACGCUCGAGCCGUACCCGACCUUCGCCUACCGCGCGUGCAUGGACUUGCUCGAGCAUGGCAUGGCCGACACGCGCGUUCUCCGCGCGCUCGCGGCUCUCAUGCCACAUGUCAAGAGCGCGCUUGGCACACGGGACAAGGAGGUCGUGCACCGGACGCUCCUCGUUCUGCAGCAGCUCGCCGUCUGCCAAGGCGUCGGCGAGGCGCUGUCGGAAUACUACCGGUCGAUCCUGCCGUUGUGCAACCUCCUCAAGGACAAGCACUUGGGCACGGGCGACAGCAUGACAAAGGCGCUCAUCCAAGAGACGCUCGAGAUCCUCGAGGGCUACGGGAAGGACGACGCGUACCACCAAAUCCAGCAGCACGUGCCCGCAUUCCAGCACAGCAACAACAUCAAAUGA